CAUAUGUUUUUCGUUUAACGCGGCGUUCGUUGCACGUGUUCCCAUAUUUAAUUAAAAACUUAAAAACUAAGUUAAGAGCUAAACCGCCUCAUCAUGCAGCACGACGAUGUGGUUUGGAGCAUCAUCAACAAGUCGUUUUGCUCGCACAAAGUCAAGACGGACACUCGCACCUUCUGCCGCCAUGAGUACAACCUCACGGGUCUCUGCACGAGACGCACCUGUCCCCUGGCCAAUUCGCAGUAUGCCACCGUUCGCGAGGAGAAGGGCAUCAUAUAUUUAUUUAUCAAAACGGCGGAAAGGUCGCAUACGCCCAGCAAACUGUGGGAACGGAUCAAGCUGUCGCGGAACUUUGAGAAGGCCAUCGAACAGAUUAACGAGAAUCUCGUCUUCUGGCCCAAAUAUAUGAUUGCCAAGAACAAGCAGCGUUUCUUGAAGAUCACUCAGUAUCUGAUGAGAAUGCGCAAACUGAAGCUGAGACGCCAGAAGCUGAUUGUUCCGCUGUCCACCAAGAUUGAGCGCCGUGAGGCGAGACGCGAGGAGAAGGCUCUGGUGGCGGCCAAGAUCGAUAAUCACAUUGAGAAGGCGCUGAUGGACCGUCUCAAGCAUGGCACAUACCGUGACAUCUAUAAUUUCUCACAGACGGCCUUUAAUAAGGCUCUGGAGGCGGAGCGUGUCGAUGAGGAGGAAGACGAAGAGGAGGAUGAGGACGAGGAGGAGCAGGAGCUGGAAUUGGAGCACGAAAUGGAGGUGGAUGAUGAGGCAGAAACAAACAGAGAUCUUCUGCGUGAGGAGUUUGUGGAAGCCGACACCGACGAUGAUGAUGAUGAGGAUGAUGAUUACGACAGUGAUUCCGGCCACCGCGAGGAGGUGGAAAUGGGUAGCGAUUUCGGCGAGUCCGAUGAAGACGAUAAUGCGGAUGCUGAUGAUAUUGAGGAUAUCCAAGUGCCCGACAAGAAACCAAAAUCGAAAAGCAAGAAGGACGCCAAAUCCAAGAGCCGCUCGAAACCGAAACUGGAGGUGGAGUACGAGUAUGAAGUGGAGACUGAGGCUGAGGCCCAGCGGCUGCGUCGCCAUUAGCCAGGUCCACUUUUCAUAUAUACUCCCCCGUAGCUGUUAGCAAACCCCUUAAUGUUUAGCCAAUUACGUUUGUAAUUCCGUUUAAGAAUAGAACUUUACGAAAUGAUAAAGAAAAGGAACCCAGA